UCACACUUCUCCACAAUUGGUGCAAAUCAACGACUCUUUCUCUCUCUAUAUAUAUACACAUCUCACCCUCACUACAUCGCUGCGAUUUUAAAUAGCUGUUUUGUCCUCGUGGAUUUGCCGGCGAGGAAUUGAGGUCAGAACUAAAUUCAGAAUCAGCUAAACCUGGUUGUACUUCCUAGACGAGCUUGUAGUGAUGGAUACUCCUAAUAACAAUCAAAGUAAAGGGUUUUUUGCGGCCAUGACCUCUGGUUUGUCCAUGUUUGGCAACGCUAUGCACAGAUCCGUUAAUGGAUUACUUGGUUAUGAAGGGGUAGAAGUCAUUAAUCCAGAAGGUGGUAAAGAUGACGCAGAAGAAGAAGCUCAGAGAGGAAGAUGGAAGCAGGAGGAACGAGAUAGUUAUUGGAAUAUGAUGCAUAAAUACAUAGGCUCAGAUGUUACAUCUAUGGUGACACUCCCUGUCCUAAUUUUUGAGCCGAUGACCAUGAUUCAGAAAAUGGCAGAGUUGAUGGAGUACUCCUACUUGUUAGAUCAAGCAGAUAAAUGUGAAGAUCCUUACAUGCGUUUGGUGUAUGCUUCAUCAUGGGCUAUUUCUGUUUACUAUGCCUUUCAACGAACAUGGAAACCAUUUAAUCCCAUUCUUGGAGAAACUUAUGAAAUGGUUAAUCAUGGUGGCAUUACAUUUAUUGCGGAGCAGGUAAGUCAUCAUCCCCCUAUGAGUGCUGGCCAUGCUGAAAAUGAUCAUUUUACUUAUGAUGUAACAUCAAAGUUAAAAACUAAAUUUUUGGGAAACUCUCUUGACAUUUACCCAGUUGGAAGAACACGUGUGACUCUUAAAAGAGAUGGUGUGGUUUUAGAUCUAGUGCCACCUCCUACAAAGGUAAAUAAUCUAAUUUUCGGACGAACAUGGGUUGAUUCACCAGGGGAGAUGAUAAUGGCAAAUUUGACUACUGGAGACAAAGUUGUUCUAUAUUUCCAACCAUGCGGCUGGUUUGGUGCUGGUCGCUAUGAAGUGGAUGGAUAUGUUUAUAAUGCUGCUGAAGAGCCAAAAAUAUUGAUGACAGGGAAGUGGAAUGAGUCAUUGAGCUAUCAACCAUGUGAUAUGGAAGGAGAACCUCUUCCAGGCUCAGAAUUGAAAGAGGUCUGGCAUGUUGCUGAUGCACCAGCGAAUGAUAAAUUUCAGUAUACUUAUUUCGCACAUAAAAUUAACAGCUUUGAUACGGCUCCUAGGAAGUUGUUGGCAUCUGAUUCUCGACUGCGCCCUGAUAGACUAGCACUUGAGAAAGGUGAUCUAUCAAAAGCUGGUGCUGAAAAGAGCAGUCUGGAGGAAAGGCAGAGAGCUGAAAAAAGAGAACGCGAGGCUAAAGGCCAUAAAUUUAUACCAAGAUGGUUUGAUAUGACUGAUGAGAUUACACCUACUCCAUGGGGUGACUUGGAAGUGUACCAGUACAAUGGUAAAUAUGCUGAGCACAAGGCUCAUGUGGACAACUCAGACAACAUAGAAGAGGUUGAUGUCCAAUCAAUUGAAUUCAACCCUUGGCAGUAUGGUAACUGUUCUGCUGAAUGACGUCCUACUGUCUUCAUAUUUGCUUGGGUUUAUGCAGUUGGUUGUCUUUGGUAUCAUGUGGAAUCCAGCUGCUGUUUGUUCCUUAUGUACAUUAUAUUUCCAUUUCCACAAUCACUUUGCAAUUGAAUAUGAAACGUUCUAUCUUUCUUAUUUUCUUAGUUUUAUAAGGAGCUUUUUAGCCUUUUUCUGAUA